ACCACAAGCGGAGCGCACUUCUGAUUGGGCAAUGGCACGGAAGUGUCGAGCCAGCCAAUCCAUGCAGCUUUUGUUCAGCGAUCGCAGCCAUCACCAAUAUGGCGGCCUUGUGAGUUCUGGAGGAGGGGAGUUGGUGUAAAUAAAUACACAUUAGACGUUUCAGAAACCGUAACAACACUCAGACCGCGGAGUAUAUGAAACAUUGUGGCACAGGAGAAAAAUGUCAAGUGACGGAAAUAAAAAACAAUUCUGGAAAAGGAACACAGCAAAGGUUCCUGGCAACAUACAGCAUGUAUAUGGAGCCCAACACCCUCCUAUUGACCCUUUACUACAUGCCAACCUGAUCAAAGCAGGCACCAGACCCCCCCAGACCACGCCCGCCAAACCUAAGAAAGCCACCACGUUCCAGGAGUUUGAGAGCAUCACUAGCGACGCCUGGGAUGUCGGCGACGACGACGACCAGCUGCUCGCCAUGGCAGCCGACAAGCUCAACAUCCAGGUCGUCAUGGAAACGGCCAACAAGGUGAUAGAGAACCACACCAAGCAGCAGGAGAGGCAGAGGCUGGACGACAGCCAGUCUGACCCCAGAGAGGAGCAGGAGGAGAAGGGGGGGGGGGAGGAGGGUCCCGAGGAGGAGGAGGGGGAGGAGGAGGAGCGGCGAGGAGAGGAGAGGGAGGAGGAGGAGGAGGAGGCAGCGUUUGAGGCGCACAGUGAUGGACGUCUGAUGAAGUCACAGAGCGAGGCUCCUAUUGGUUCACCCAGAGACCUGGAGGGGGAGCGAGCGUCGUUGCAGAGGCAGCGCUCCCUGCCCCCCCGCCCCCUCAUCCCGAUGGUGGCCCGCAUGGCGGACCAGAACACCUCCGGGACGCCUGUCAUGACGGAGAGGGAAGCGUCGCGCCUCGACAAGUUCAGACAGGUCCUGGCCGGACCCAACACAGACCUGGACGAGUUACGGAAGCUGAGCUGGUCUGGAAUUCCAAGACAGGUUCGGCCAAUCACGUGGAAGCUCCUAUCAGGGUACCUCCCUGCUAACACAGAGAGGAGGGGCAGCACCCUGCAGAGGAAGAGGCAGGAGUAUUUUGGCUUCAUAGAGCAGUACUACGACUCCCGCAAUGACGAACACCACCAGGACACGUACAGACAGAUCCAUAUAGACAUCCCCAGGAUGAGCCCAGACAGGCUGGUACUGCAGCCCCAGGUGACGGAGAUUCACAUUGACAUACCAAGAACUAACCCCCUUAUUCCUCUCUUUCAACAAGCUUCUGUCCAAGAGAUCUUUGAGAGGAUCCUGUUCAUCUGGGCGAUCAGACACCCAGCCAGCGGCUACGUCCAGGGCAUCAACGACCUGGUCACACCUUUCUUCAUCGUCUACGUCUUCGAGUACAUAGAGGAGGAGGUGGAGAACUUUGACGUGUCCAGCCUGGAGGAGACAGCUCUGAGGAACAUCGAGGCAGACAGCUUCUGGUGCAUGAGCAAGCUGCUGGACGGGAUACAGGAUAACUACACAUUCGCCCAGCCAGGGAUCCAGAGGAAGGUGAAGGCCCUGGAAGAGCUGGUCAGCAGGUUAGAUGAGAGCGUGCAUCGCCACAUGCAGCAGUAUGAGGUGGAAUACCUCCAGUUUGCCUUCCGCUGGAUGAACAACCUGCUGAUGAGAGAGCUGCCUCUGAGAUGCACCAUCAGGCUCUGGGACACCUACCAGGCUGAGCCUGAGGGCUUCUCUCACUUCCACCUGUACGUAUGUGCUGCCUUCCUGGAGCGCUGGAGGAAGGAGAUCCUGGAGGAGAAGGACUUCCAGGGACUCAUGAUCCUCCUGCAGAACCUUCCCACCAUGCAUUGGGGCAACGAGGAAGUAAGCGUCCUAUUGGCCGAGGCCUACAGGUUGAAGUUUGCCUUUGCCGACGCCCCCAACCACUACAAGAGAUGAGUGUGACCUCCAAGCUCCUCCCCCCGACCUGUGACCUACACAUCGAGCUACUGAAUGAGAACCCCCAUUUUGCCUCCUUCCCUCCCCCCAGCAAGAGGGGAGGGAUCAGCACCGUGCGUGGAGGGAUGUGUGCAGAGCUCUAUCUCAUCUAGACUCAACCUUACUUUGAUUUUAUGGAUUUAACAUUAAUAUGAACACUCCAGUUUCUAUGUCCGUCUGUCUACCUGUCUGUCUGUCUACCUGUCUGUCUGUACCUGUCUGUCUACCUGUCUGUCUGUUGGACCUUAUAGAUAGCUGGGUUACAGACUAUAUGAACAGAUAGUAUUCUCAGUCUGAUAUUGACGGAGAUUAGACCACAGGGUUAAAGUUAAGAGUUCCUCCUACUCUCUCUGUGUCUCUCUCCCUCUCUCUCUCUCUCUCCCUCUCUCUCUCCAAAUUGGACUGACAGGAACUUUCAUCCUCUGUGGACAUUCUACCAAGAACCAUUACUGUUGCAUGAAGCCCUUAAGUGUGUGUGUGAGGUGUGUGUGUGUUUUAGAGGUGUGUAAGGCGUGUGUUGGAGGUCCGUUAGAUGUGUGUGAGGUGUGUGUGUGUGAGGCAUGUGUAUGAGGCAGGUGUGUGAGGUGUGUGUGUGAGGCGUGUGUGUGUGAGGCGUGUGUGUGUGAGGUGUGUGUUCCUGAGACAGAGUUAGAUCAUGUUCCAGACAGACGGCUCCUUCAGAGAGCCUCCUGGGCUGCAGCACUCGCUUCUCUUCUCUUGUUUUUCUACAAAGUAUAUUCUUUUGAAUCAGCUUUUUAAAUCCUCUACUCUGUUACUUUUCCAUCUUUAUUUUUAUACGCCGUCUCCAUACGUUGUGCCUAACUCAGAGUUCUUAGAUAUCAUCCUCGAUAUUUAUUUACUUUGUUGAUGAUUGAAGCUUAAUGAAAGAUGACGUUGUUCUUCUUCUGUGGUCUCUGUGUGGUGACGCCCAGAGCCCCGCCCUCCUGCCUGUUCUAAGCUCCUAUUGGAGGUUAGAUAAACCAGACUGACCUUAACACGCUCUGAGUUACCAUGGUGAUGACCGUGUUGUUGAUGAUGAUGAGGAUGAAGUUGGUGGUGAUGAUGAUUACCCAGGUGUUGUUUGGCUGGAGACACUUUCUCUAACACACACACUCUAACACACACACUCUAACACACACUCUCUAACACACACCAUGGACAUGGCUAUGAGUGUAACUUCUGGGUUCAAACAAAUUAGCAGUUUUUUCCUUUUUUUUCUAUAGGAGUGUUUUCUCUUAUGUUAAUUAUUGUUUCGAGAUUAUUUUCUAGAGACGUAAAAUUGUUUCUGAACACCAAACGGACUCCUUACCCCCCCCCCCCCUUGAGCCCCCCUCCAAAUUUCUUUCUUGAAUAAAAAAAUGUGUACAGAGAAGAAAAAACAAACAAAUUUUGAAAACAAAGAUCUUGUAAAUAGAAACAGUGUAAAUAAAUGCUAUAUAUGACUGGUAUUGUAAA